UCAGAUAUUUCAGAAUCGCUUGUCUUUUUAGUCUUGGCCUUACCUGAAAGAUAAUAGCAACCCAUAAACGUUUGGAAGAUAUUCAUCAUACAUUUUCCUCAUCUCUUUGUUCUCAUUUCCUGCAAAAUACGAGAAACAUGAAACUCUUUCUUCUCAUUUCUUUCAGUGCUCUCAUGUCACUUGAAGCAUUCGGGAAUAGCCAUGAAAGUGAUAAGCAAGCAUUAUUCAAGUUCAAGUCUCAAGUUUCUGAAGAGAAACAAGUUCUGCUGUCUUCAUGGAACAACUCCUUCCCUCUCUGCAAAUGGACGGGGGUUACAUGCGGCCGCAAACGCAAGAAAGUUACUGGUUUAGACCUCGGAGGAUUCCAAUUGGGUGGAGUGAUAUCGCCAUUUAUUGGUAAUCUUUCGUUUCUCAUAUCACUUGAUUUCUCUGAUAACUCUUUUCGUGGAACCAUCCCUCAAGAGCUGGGAAACUUGUUUAGACUGCAGUACUUGAAUAUGAGCUUAAAUAUUCUGGGAGGAGAGAUUCCAGCCAGUCUGUUCAACUGUUCAAGAUUGUUGGACCUUUCUUUAUAUUCAAAUCAUCUUGGACAAGCUCUUCCUUCAGAACUAGGAUCAUUGAGGAAGCUUAUUAAUUUAGACCUUGGUACAAACAACCUGAAAGGAAACCUCCCUGUAUCUCUAGGAAACCUGACAUCCAUCAGAGAAAUUUACUUUGAUGAAAACAAUCUGGAAGGAGAAGUUCCAGUUGUUAUAGGUAGAUUGACUCAACUGUUGAUUUUUGUAUUACAUUCAAACCAUUUCUCUGGUAUGUUUCCUCCUGCAAUUUACAACUUGUCCUCACUUACGUUUUUGGACAUGUUUGAUAAUGGUUUCUCUGGCAACCUGAGACCUGAUUUCGGUAAUUUGCUACCAAACCUUCGAGAGUGGUCUAUAGGAAAUAAUUCUUUCACAGGAACCAUUCCAUCAACACUUGCAAAUAUUUCAACUCUUCAAUUUUUGGGCAUGGAGUAUAACAGUCUGACAGGAAGUAUCCCUCUGAGCUUUGCAAAAAUACGAUAUUUGCAAACACUAGCCCUUAAUGACAAUUCUUUGGGAAGUUUUUCAGCUGGAGAUCUUGAAUUUCUUGUUGCUUUGACCAACUGUACCCAACUGCAAAGCUUAGAUGUGUCAUUCAAUAGGCUUGGGGGUGACUUGCCUGCCUCCAUUGUCAAUCUAUCGAUGAGCCUCAAUAAGUUGGCUCUUGUAGAGAAUUCGAUAUCUGGAAGCAUUCCUCAUGACAUUGGGAAUCUCAUACACCUACAAGUAUUAGUGUUGUCCGAAAAUCUAUUGAAAGGACCAAUCCCAGUCUCUUUUGGGAAACUUUCAGGUUUGGUGGUAUUAAGUGUCCAUACAAAUAGAAUGUCAGGAGACAUACCACAUUCUUUAGGCAACAUCACUCGGUUAGAAAAACUCUAUUUAUACAACAAUAGUUUUGAAGGAAACAUUCCUCCAAAUCUUGGUAAAUGCAGCUAUUUGCUAUAUUUACAUAUCGAGAAUAAUAAGUUGACUGGUAUUAUACCUCAGGAGAUUAUGCAAAUUCCGACCCUUGUUUCCCUACGCAUGUCAAAUAAUUCAUUGACGGGCUCUCUGCCAGAAGAUGUUGGACGACUUGGACAUCUUGGUAAGCUAUAUUUUGCGCAUAAUAAGCUAUCAGGGAAACUCCCAGAGACUUUGGGAAAGUGUCUCUCACUGGAAAAACUUUGUCUGCAAGGAAAUUCUUUUGAUGGAAUCAUUCCAGAUAUAAGUGGGUUGGUGGGUAUUAAGGAGGUUGAUUUCUCAAGCAACAAUCUCUCUGGAAGAAUCCCUGAAUAUCUCACAAACUUUAGCUUGUUGGAGUAUCUCAAUCUAUCAUUUAACAACUUCAAAGGAAAUGUGCCAACAGAUGGAAAGUUCCAAAACGCUACCAUAGUCUCGGUAUUUGGAAACCAAAACCUUUGUGGAGGCAUCUUGGAAUUGCGACUACAGCCAUGUUUUAUGCAACCAGCAGAAAAUUCACGAAAGAAACUUGUGAUUGGGGUAAGCAUAGGCAUAUCUUUGCUUUUUCUUUGCUUCAUAGCUUCAGUUUCUCUUUGUUGGUUAAAAAGCAGAAAGAAGAAAAAGAUCAACGAAGAAACUCCUUCCACCUUGGGGUUUUUUCAUGAAAUGAUAAGUUAUGGAGAUCUUCGAAAUGCGACAGAUGGCUUCUCUUCGAUUAAUUUGAUCGGGUCAGGCAGCUUUGGUACCGUUUUUAAAGCCCUUCUGCCUGCUGAGAACAAGGUUGUUGCAGUUAAAGUUCUAAACAUGCAGAGACGUGGAGCAAUGAAGAGCUAUAUGGCAGAAUGUGAAUCCUUGAAAGAUAUUAGACAUCGUAAUCUUGUGAAACUGUUGACAGCUUGUUCAAGUAUUGAUUUCCAAGGAAAUGAAUUCAGAGCUUUAAUCUAUGAGUACAUGCCAAAUGGAAGCUUGGAUAUGUGGCUGCACCCAAAUGAAAUGGAAAAGAUUUCUAGGCCCUCAAGAACAUUGACACUUCUGGAAAGGAUUAACAUAGCGAUAGACGUGGCUUCUGUUUUGGAGUAUCUUCACGUUAGUUGCCAUGAUGCUAUUGCGCAUUGUGAUCUGAAACCAAGCAAUGUUCUAUUAGAUGAUGAUCUAACCGCCCAUGUAAGUGACUUUGGUCUUGCUCGAAUCCUUCUCAAAUUUGACCAGGAAACCUUCAUUAACCAACUUAGCUCGGCUGGAGUCAGAGGAAGCAUCGGCUAUGCGGCACCAGAAUAUGCAAUGGGAGGAGAAAUAUCAGUACAUGGUGAUGCAUAUAGCUUUGGGAUUCUCAUUUUUGAAAUGUUUAGUGGAAAACGACCAACCGAUGAGAUGUUUGGCGGUGACUUUACCCUCCGUAGCUGCAUCAAGUCUGCAUUGCCAGAGAAAGUAUUGGAUGUGGCAGACGAAUUGGUUCUUCACAACGGCCUUAGAAUUGGCUUCCCUGUAGCUGAGUGCUUGACGAAGGUUUUAAAAGUGGGACUUGGGUGUUCUGAAGAGUCUCCAGCAAACCGCUUGGGAAUGAGUGAGGUUGUAAAAGAAUUAAUCUCAAUCAAGGAGAGGUUCUUCAAAGACAAAAGAGGAGCUAGAAGUUGAAGUGUGCCUUGUAUGCUUGCUCCUCUACAAACUUGAAGACUUGUAGAUGUAUAAUUUGUCUUCAUGAUAUGCUUUGAAUGUUUUCUUUUUGUUUUUGAAGGAAAUGCUUUGCAUGUUUUCAACAGAAUGCUAUGUUAUUAGCAGACAAAAGAUGACGUUAUGUUAGCAAUUUGAUAUUUGUAAUUUGGAAAACGUUGCUUUUGAAA